GUGCGCAGCGCGUCACUCGCUCCUUCUCUCCUCCGCGGAGAGCUCACACGGCGGCUCCAGGCGGGGAGAGGGAAACUUUUGGCGUGAUCAAGAGAGACGGUUUACAGCGGCGUGUCCGACGCUCAUCGCAGUCCCAAAUAAUAAUAAUAUUAUUAUUUUUUUUUAAAGAAAAGAAAGGACCGGUUCGGGGAGAGGCACCGAAGACAUCCCGGUAUGAAAUGAAAAUGCACCGAGACGACUGCUCGAAGCCGAUCCGCCGCCGCCUGCCACAGCUGGGUUGCUGAGGGGAUCCGACACCGAUCACCGUAAUAAAAGACAAGAGCCGGAGGGGGGGUGGGAAGGUGGGGAAAAAAAAUAAAGAAGAAAAAAGAAAAAAGAACCGAGCGCCUCGCACCGCCAGACGAGAGCCGGGAGGAGAGAGGACCGCUGUGCGCGCGCGAGGGGGGUGGGGGGGGUGGGGUGGGGGACGCGGAGGGACUCGAUCUGCAUGUGAGACCGGCUGGUCCACGCACACCGGAGGCAAGAGAUGCAGCCCGCGAGCAAGCUCCUGAGUCUGGUUCUCCUCAUCUUCAUGGGCACAGAACUCACCCAAGUGCUGCCAGCGAACCCGGAGGAGUCGUGGCAGGUGUACAGCUCGGCCCAGGACAGCGAGGGGCGGUGCGUCUGCACCGUGGUGGCGCCUCAGCAGUCCAUGUGUUCACGGGACGCCCGCACCAAACAACUGUCGCAGCUGCUAGAGAAGGUCCAGAACAUGACCCAGUCCAUCCAGGUGCUGAAGCGAACCCAGAGGGACCUGCAGUAUGUGGAGAAGAUGGAGGUCCAGCUCCGCGGUCUGGAGACCAAGUUCAGGCAGGUGGAGGAGAACCACAAGCAGAAUAUUGCCAAGCAAUACAAGGCCAUAAAAGCGAAAAUGGAGGAGCUUAGACCGUUGAUACCAGUGUUGGAGGAGUACAAGGCCGAUGCCAAAUUGGUAUUGCAGUUUAAGGAGGAGGUCCAGAAUCUGACGUCAGUUCUAAGCGAACUUCAGGAGGAGAUGGGGGCCUAUGACUACGAGGAGCUCCACAGCAGAGUGUCAAAUCUUGAGGAGAGACUCCGAGCAUGCAUGCAAAAAUUAGCGUGUGGCAAGCUGACGGGCAUCAGUGACCCCAUCACCAUCAAGACGUCUGGAUCCAGGUUCGGCUCGUGGAUGACCGACCCGCUGGCCCCCGAAGGAGAUACGCGGGUCUGGUACAUGGAUGGUUACCAUAACAACCGCUUCGUGCGAGAAUACAAGUCGAUGCAGGACUUCAUGACGUCGGACAACUUCACGUCCCACCGGCUGCCCCACCCGUGGUCGGGGACGGGUCAGGUGGUCUACAACGGCUCCAUCUACUUCAACAAGUUCCAGAGCCACGUCAUCAUCAAGUUCGACUUCCGCACCUCCUCCAUCAGCAAGUCCCGGCAGCUGGACUACGCCGGCUUCAACAACGCGUACCACUACGCCUGGGGGGGCCACUCCGACAUCGACCUGAUGGUGGACGAGGGGGGGCUGUGGGCCGUCUACGCCACCAACCAGAACGCCGGCAACAUCGUCCUCAGCAAGCUGAACCCCAACACCCUGCAGAUCGUCAAGAGCUGGACCACCAACCACCCGAAGCGCAGCGCCGGGGAGUCCUUCAUGAUCUGCGGCACGCUCUACGUCACCAACGGGUACUCGGGGGGCACCAAGGUGUACUACGCCUACUCCACCAACUCCUCCACCUACGAGUACAUCGACAUCGCCUUCCAGAACAAGUACUCGCACAUCUCCAUGCUGGACUACAACCCGCGGGACCGCGCCCUCUACGCCUGGAACAACGGGCACCAGGUGCUCUACAACGUCACGCUGUUCCACGUCAUCCGCUCGGAGGAACUGUAGCCGGACGCCGUCCCCGAAACCCUGACCCUAACCCAUUGAUGAGCAUGGAGCCGUGCUGUGUGG